AACAGAGUCACCUCCAUCAACUUAUCCUCCAUGUCUCUCUCUGGCUCUCUCCCUUCAAAUCUCAACUCUCUCACUCAGCUCACCACCCUCUCACUCCAAAGCAACUCUCUUUCUGGCCCAUUUCCUUCUUUAGCCAACCUCUCUUCUCUCCAAGAAAUCUAUCUGGACACAAACAAUUUCACUUCCAUUCCUUCUGGGUGUUUUCAAGGCCUCUCAAGCUUGAAGGUUUUGAGCAUGAGCCAAAACAUCUAUCUUGAUCCGUGGUUUUUCCCCACUGAGCUCAUUCAAGCUUCAAGCUUGGUCACUUUAGCUGCAGGUAAUGCAAACUUAUAUGGGUCUUUGCCUGAUAUCUUUGAUUCCUUUCCAAACUUGCAAAAUCUGAGGCUUUCUUACAAUAAUUUUUCUGGGUUUUUGCCCAAAAGCUUUUCUGGAUCUGGGAUUCAAAACCUCUGGCUUAACAAUCAGCAAUUUGGGUUAUCUGGUACGAUUGAAGUUUUAUCAAACAUGACCCAGUUAAACCAGGUUUGGCUCCAUAAGAACCUAUUCACUGGUCCGAUCCCAGACAUCUCAAAGUGUGAAACUUUGUUUGAUCUUCAGCUUCGUGAUAACCAGUUAACUGGCAUUGUGCCAGCCACAUUGAUGUCCUCAACUGCCUUGCAAAACGUUUCUUUGGACAAUAACAAGCUUCAGGGUCCUCUGCCUGUGUUUGGGUCCAAUGUGAAAAAAGCCACAUUUGAUGGUACUAAUAGCUUCUGCCAAACCAAACCAGGACCUUGUGAUCCGCAGGUCAACACUCUGCUUGAGGUUGCAGGGGCUUUGGGGUACCCAAUUUUGCUUACUGAGUCUUGGGAAGGAAACAAUGCUUGCGAUGGAUGGAGCUUCAUUGUUUGUGAUACGCAAGGAAAGGUUAUCACUGUGAAUUUUGAGAACAAGCAUUUCACUGGGAUCAUUUCGCCUGCUUUUGCCAAUUUGACAUCUUUGAAAAAUUUGGUGUUGAAGAAUAACAAUUUGACCGGGUCGAUACCGGCUAACUUGUUAACCUUGACGCAGCUUCAGCUUCUUGAUGUUUCCAAUAACAAUCUUUCUGGGGAAAUUCCGCAAUUCCCAUAUACGGUGAAGUUAAUUACAACAGGCAAUGUCUUGAUCGGGACUACUCCCAGCUCUGGAGGUGGAGGAGGACCUCCAUCCGGGUCUGGUUCGAAUGGAACUACACCCAAUGGGAAUCCGGCUCCGGCUUCGGGUGGUUCUUCAGUGUCUCCUGGUAUGAUUGCUGGU